AGCUUCCGCCGUACUGUUGCUCGUCUCUGCUGCAUGCAGUCGUGUCUGAUUUAGCGGAAGAGAAGAUAACGCUGCCCGACAUUGUAUUAGUCGGAGUGUCGGAUAUUUAUUUGUUUUCCUGAAGGAGGACGCAUCGAUAAGCCGCCAAGAUGCCGAGAAUCAUGAUAAAGGGAGGCGUGUGGCGCAACACGGAGGAUGAAAUCCUCAAGGCGGCUGUGAUGAAAUAUGGAAAAAACCAGUGGUCUCGAAUCGCUUCCCUGCUGCAUCGCAAGUCUGCCAAACAGUGUAAAGCCAGAUGGUAUGAGUGGUUGGACCCCAGUAUCAAAAAAACAGAAUGGUCCAGAGAAGAAGAGGAGAAACUGCUUCACUUGGCCAAGUUGAUGCCAACACAGUGGAGGACCAUUGCUCCCAUCAUUGGACGCACUGCUGCCCAGUGUCUUGAACACUAUGAAUAUCUGCUAGAUAAAGCAGCUCAAAGAGACAAUGAAGAGGAGGUGGGAGAUGACCCCAGAAAGUUAAAACCAGGAGAGAUUGAUCCUAAUCCUGAGACCAAGCCUGCCAGACCGGACCCUGUGGACAUGGACGAAGAUGAGUUGGAGAUGCUGUCAGAAGCCAGGGCUCGUCUGGCCAACACUCAGGGCAAAAAAGCCAAGAGGAAGGCCAGAGAGAAACAGCUGGAGGAAGCCAGGCGACUGGCUGCGCUGCAGAAACGCAGAGAGCUCAGAGCUGCAGGAAUCGAUGUUCAGAAGAAGAGGAAGAAGAAGAGAGGAGUGGACUACAACGCUGAAAUCCCCUUUCAGAAGAAACCCGCUCAGGGUUUCUAUGACACCAGCAUGGAGCAAUAUGACGCAGUGGAGCCAAACUUCAAGCGGCUCAGACAGCAGCACUUGGAUGGAGAACUACGCAAUGAACGAGAGGAGAGGGACAGGAAGAAAGAUAAACAGAAGAUCAAGAAAAAGAAAGAGAGCGAUUUGCCGUCUGCGAUCCUGCAGACCAGCGGCGUGGCAGAGUUCACCAAGAAGCGCUCCAAGCUGGUGCUGCCUGCGCCUCAGAUCAGUGAUGCUGAGCUAGAGGAAGUUGUCAAACUGGGCGUCGCCAGUGAGGUGGCACGCCAGGCUGCAGAGGAGAGUGAAAGUGGUAACUCCGCCUCCUCCACCCUCCUGUCCGAGUACAGCGUCACAAACAACAUGGCAACGGGGCUACGGACCCCACGCACCCCUGCCGCCCAAGACAGGAUCCUGCAGGAAGCCCAGAACCUGAUGGCUCUGACCAACAUCGACACCCCCCUGAAGGGCGGCCUCAACACCCCCCUGCACGAGAGCGACUUCAGCGGGGUGACACCUCAGCAGAAGACGGUCCAGACGCCCAACACGGUUCUCAGUACACCCUUCAGAACUCCCGGCCAAGCUCAGGGCUCAGAUGGCUUAACGCCCCAAGCUGGAGGUGCGAUGACCCCACAUGGGGUGAUCACACCAGGUUUGACCCCCAUUCGCACACCACUGAGGGACAAACUGAACAUCAACAGUGAGGAGCAACUAGCUGACCCUUCAUACACCAAGCACAUGCAAAAGGAAAGCCUGCAGCAGCUGAGACAGGGCCUGUUGUCACUUCCAGUCCCGAAGAACGACUUUGAGAUCGUUCUUCCUGAAAAUGCAGAGAAGGAACUCGAAGAAACAGAGACAGAGACUGGAUUUAUCGAGGACUCAGCGGACAUAGAAUCCCGCAAGCAGGCUGUACGGGAUGCAGAACGGGAGAAAGAGCUGAAGCUGCGACACACUGCUGUUCAGAGGAGUCUCCCCAGACCUACUGAGGUCAACGAGUCCGUCCUCCGUCCGUCCUCCAUGGAGCCGCUCUCCGACCUCCUGAUGGCAGAGGAGCUGAUCAAGCAGGAGAUGAUCACCAUGCUGCACCACGACUGCCUUCACCACCCGUCAGCCACCGCCGCCGCUCUGCUGCAGCGCGGUAAAACCAGAGGCCCCACCUCCACGUCUAACAACGCCUCACACAUCGCCUACCUGGAAACGCACACCUACAAGCCCGUCAACCCAGAGGACAUGGAGCAGGCAAAGGCAAUCCUGGCAGCAGAGAUGGAGGUGGUUAAGGCUGGAAUGGGUCACGGUGACCUGAGCAUGGAGGCCUACUGUCAGGUGUGGGAGGAAUGCUACGGACAGGUGUUGUAUCUACCGGGGCAAAACAGGUACACCCGAGCUAACCUGGCAUCAAAGAAGGAUCGUAUUGAAAGUCUGGAGAAGAGACUCGAUGUGAACCGUGGUCACAUGACAGCAGAGGCUCGCAGAGCGGCUAAACUGGAGAAGAAACUGAAAAUCUUGUUGGGAGGGUUUCAGUCCAGAGCGCUGGGGCUCCUGAAGCAGCACAACGAGAUCUGGGAACAGGUGGAGCAGGCCGCCACCGAGCUCCAGACAUUCACUCAGCUGAGGAAGCAGGAGGACACUGCCAUUCCCAGGAGACAAGCGGCUCUGCGGGAGGACGUGGAGAGGCAGAUGGAGAGAGAGAAGGAGCUUCAGCAGAGAUACGGCGAGAUAGUGAUGGAGAGAGAGUCGCUGAUUCCCACUCAGAAAUACUGAGACACAUUGUACAUGUGAAUAUUCCUGAACACAUUGAUCUGCGUAAAACAGCUGCUCUGAAAUAAUCUUCCACCCACCGAGCUGUUGUACUGAACUGUGGUGUUUUAGUUUUUUAUGUUUUUGUUGCAGUUAAUUGUAGAGAACGCCUCUAUGUGCUGAUCUCGCUAUGUAACAAGCUGAGCUUUGAGCUGCUCAAUAGGCUUUGUUUCUGUACUAGUGACCAAUAAAGUUUCUUUUCAACGGUGACACAAUAA